AACGCACCUUCGCCAUUUUGGGCCCUUCAGCUGAUCAUGACUGUCAGUUUUCAGCUGUUCGUAUUUUAUUAUUGUCAUCUAGUAGUGACGGGAAAUUCAGGUGAAUUAGGGCAUCAUGACUGACUAUUUUUCCGAAAUGGGAUGGCGGGAGCUGAGAGAUGGUGAACAGCCAAAUCAUUCUCUCCAUAUGGCUCGACUAUUUAGAGAUUAUGGCAUGUUUGAGCUCUUGCGCUCUCAAAAUGGAGACAUGUUACCGCCUCCUGCUUCCAAAGUUGCCGUUGACGCUCUAGAGAGUGAAACUAUAUUGCAGACAGGUCUGCAGUGUCCAGUGUGUCUCAAAGAAUUCCCCAGUCACGACAACGUGAAAAAGAUGCCAUGCAAACACGUCUUUCAUCCGGAUUGUAUAUUGCCUUGGCUCUCAAAGACCAAUUCCUGUCCGGUGUGCAGAUUCGAACUUCCCACAGAUGAUGAAGAUUAUGAAGAAGAACGGAAAGAAAAAAAGAGGGCUGUGGAAAGAAAGAUCGACAUAGAAAACUUACAUAACAGCAUGUUUUCUUAGAGCUAGAGAUAGAAAGGUGAUCGGCAGGGCGAUGCAUUUAUUAUUUAUUAUUAUAUGUAUAGUACAAAUAAUAUGGGAUUAAAAGCGAAAACUAUUGGGGAAAA